AUGCCUUCAGAAGGAGAAUCGUCAUCCAAGGCUGCUGAGAUCAAACCCUCAGAGACAACAGCUACCAGUAACAUUCGUCUCAAGUUUGAUGGACUCCCUAAAUUACAAGGGCAAUCCAACUACCAAACUUGGGCGAGUGCCUGGAGGAUAACGUUCGACGCUGUAGACUGGUGGGAAGCGUUGAGUAUCGAGAACCCUGACGAGAAUGACACCGAACUCAGCAAAACCGAGAUAAAGAAGGCUCGUAAACAAAUGCACAGCCUUCUCAUCUCUGCUGUAUGCGAAGAAAUACAACCAACAGUCGUCUCCGCUGAAAAUGCAUUCUACGCAUGGAAGGCGCUCAAAGACCUCUACGAUCGUGUCUCACCCAACACCACGAUCACCCUCCUCAGCCGCGUCCUAGACACGAAGAUGCAAGAAGGCGGAUCACUGACCGAGCAUCUCGCAACCUUCGAUGCGAACUGGAAUACUCUCAAGUCCAGAUGCCAAAGCGCAGACCACAAACUCGCUCAGGCCCUCCUACCCCUCACCAAAUCCAACGAAGCCAUGGCGGCAUUCCUCCUAAGUUCGCUACCCAAAUCGAUGAGCAACGUCGUCGACAACAUCCAAACCAAACAGGAUGUUACCUACGAAGACGUACGCCAACGACUACAGAACCUGGAUGAGGUAGCCCCUCAAACAGGGAACAAGGUACUCCAUACCAGGAGUACUACAAGCGACAAGGAAUGCACCUGGUGCAAGAAAAGGGGUCAGCCUUACAAAGGCCACGAGUACACGGAGUGCAGAAAGCUCAAAGAACAGAACAAGAACAGGAAAGGAAGGAGAAAGGACAACUCGGCAUCGGUUGUAGUAAAUGACUCUACAACCACUAUCUGUAUGGUACGCCACGACAUCUCCCAACCCCUUACUUGGAUCCUUGAUUCUGGAGCGACCUCUCACGUCACACCCUUCCAAGACCAACUCAUCGACAUCCGACCUCACACCGGCAACGUCCGAACAGCAGAUGGAACCAACCACGCUGUCACCGGAAUGGGAAGCGCUAGUUUCAGCUACCACCUUCCCGAUGGAAGUAGAUCUUCCAUACUCCUCACCGAUGUGCUGUUGGUCCCAACCUUGGGAAAUGUGGGAUUGAUUUCAGAAACCGUGCUCGACAAAAAGGGAUUUAGAACGGAGUCAGGAGGAGGAAGCAAGUUGGUUACAAAAGAAAAGAAAGGAAUAAUUUGGGGAAAAUUGGAGAAGGGACUUUGGAAUGUACAAGUAGUUAGCAAUACAGUUCGUUUGACCACUUACGAUGAAUGGCAUCAAGCGUUAGGCCACCCUGCGACACUAGAAAACUUGUAUCACGACAUUCAAAGACUGCCUCCCAAACCAGAAAGAUUCCACUGCAGUCAAUGUGCACUAUCAAAAAGCGUACAUAAGAAACCUGCACCAAUUAGUACUAGAUCCAAACGACCAUUCGAACUAAUCCACUCCGAUCUAUCUGGAAAGUUCAGUAUACAGUCACAAGGGAAAGCUCAGUACUAUAUGUCCUUCAUCGAUGAUUACACCCGCUUCGCAUGGAUAUAUCUUCUGAAACAGAAAGAAGACGCAAAGAAGGCCAUCAAGGAUUACGUUACAAGGAUCGAGAAACAGUAUAGCACAACAAUACUGAAAUUCAGAACGGAUGGUGGUGGUGAAUACAUCAACAAGGACAUAACGAACUACUUCGAUUCACAAGGAAUAGUUCAUGAACAGACUCCCCCAUACACUCCUGAAUCUAAUGGAGUUGCAGAACGAUUCAACAGGACGGUAACCACAAUGGUCAGGUGCAUGAUCAUGGACCACCCUAAGUCGUUAUGGGGAGAAGCAUACGCAACAGCUGUCUACCUCAAAAACAGGCUACCUCACAGUACGCUUAAGGGAAAGACCCCCUUUGAAGCCCUGAAAGGAACCAAGCCAAGUAUACAACACCUUCAACCAUUCGGCAAAAAAUGCCACGUCCACAUCCCAGAAAACUCUAGGCCAGCAGGAAGCAAACUAGCACCCCGAGCGUAUGAAGGAAUCAUAGUUGGAUACUCAGACAGUGAUAAAAUAUACCGUAUCUGGAUAGGAACUCAACAUAGGGUAAUUGAAAGUCGGGACGUCACAUUCCCCCCUCCUGAAUCAGGGGAAGGCUCAGUGGAACUCGACUUCAUCCCCAGCCUGAAACCAGAAACGGCAAAUGCACCAUCAGACGACGGAUACGAAUCAGAAGACAGGUCUGAUCCAGAACCCGAGUCAAAUGCAAUCGAAGAGAACCGUACAGAAAUGCCAGGAUUGUUCCCGGAAUCACCGGAACUGGUUAGAAAACCACCACCGGCUACAUCAGACAAGGGAAAACAACCUGCCGUACCUAUGGGACAACCGCGAGACCCAAGAGACAACUGGGAGAAAAUUCCAGCACCAGUCGUACCAUUCAAAGGCUUCAAAGGAAAACCACUUGUGUCAACGACACCCAAAGAAGUACGAAGGAAGGAGUAUGACGAGAAGGUUGUAGAACAACAGAAGUUACUUACAAGUUAUAUCGAAAAUGUAAAAGAAAAUGGCCCAGGAGACAAAGCCACUGAACAAGAAUUAAUCGAUCAAUACAAAGAAGACUUCAGACGUUAUAGGGCUGAGUUAGACACGGAAUAUCAAGACGUAUCCAAACUCCCCCCGAACUACCAUAUACACCUCGUAACAGAACCUUCCACCUUCAAUCAAGCUAUGCAGAGCGACGAUCAACACCUAUGGAAAAAGGCGAUACAGACUGAGAAAGACGCUCUUGACAAAGCCCAUACCUGGGAUAUUGUCAACAGACCAUCCAACCGAGCAGUAGUCAAAGGAAAAUGGGUAUUCAAAGUGAAACACAACGCGGACGGAACAAUCGAGCGGUACAAAGCAAGGUACGUUGCUAAAGGCUUCACCCAAGUACAGUACCAAGACUACGAUGAGACCUUCGCCCCCGUUGCACGAUAUGAUUCUCUACGGCUCCUACUGGCACUAGCUGCACACAACGGUUGGAUACCACAACAAAUGGACGUCAAGUCAGCCUUCCUGUAUGGUGUACUCAAGGAGGAAAUCUACAUGGAACUGCCUGAAGGCUACAGGCAGGACAACAAGGUUUGUAAACUUCGAAAAUGCAUAUACGGACUAAAGCAAUCACCCCGAGAAUGGUAUGCUUGCCUAGCAGACUCCCUUCAACGGAAAGGAUUCGUCCCAGCCAAAUUCGACCCAUGUGUCUUCAUACAUAAGAACCACCAACUAUACAUAUCGGUGUAUGUAGAUGACAUCAUGAUAUUCGGACCCGACUCCCCAUUCAGAAAAGAAAUCAGACAACUACUCAAGGCAGAUUUCGAAUGUACGGAUCUCGGUAACUCGAAGUUCAUAUUGGGAAUAGAAAUAACGGUAACCAACAACGGUAUCACACUAUCACAACGCGCAUACAUCAAUAAGAUCCUGGAUAAAUUUGGAAUGAGUAACUGCAAACCAGUUGGUACACCACUCGAACCGAACCUUAACCUUCACAAAGGCGAACCGGAAGACCAAAUCGAGAAACCAACUGAGUACCAAUCCAUAAUAGGAUCACUGAUGUACGCGAGUAUAGCUACCAGACCUGAUAUCACCCAUGCCGUUACCGCUCUCUCCCAGUACUCCUCAUGUCCAACCGAGGACCACCUACGAGCAGCCAAGCGAACUCUCCGUUACCUCAACGGAACCAAAGACUGGAACCUGUUCUACCCGAAGGGGAAUACUAGAACACUCGACGGAUUCUCAGACAGUUCCUACGCUUCAGACCUAGAUGACAGAAAAUCGUUUUCAGGAUACGUGUUCAGACUAGGGAAGUCAGCCAUCAGCUGGAGAAGCCGGAAGCAGAAAUCAGUCGCAGUCUCAACAACAGAAGCCGAAUAUAUGGCCCUGUCCCUCGCAGCUCGACAACUGGUAUGGAUUCGUAACGCCUUGCUCGAACUCCAGCAACAAUACCAGUACUUCAUACACGCCGACAACACAGGUUCUAUCGAACUCUGUCGGAACCCACGCAUCCACGACCGGUCCAAGCACAUCGACGUUCACUACCACUACACACGUGAACAACUCGAAGCCGGAACCUUCGAAAUCCUCUACGUCCCUACCGAAGAUAAUGUCGCGGACAUAAUGACCAAAGGACUACCAAAACCAGCUCACCAAAAAUUUUACAAUUCAAUUCCUGCUACGGCUAUCACCAAGUAUCAAGAAUGGAUCCCGGUGAUCGUAUUUUCAGUCAUCAACCUCGAGUCAACAUUGGUGUGGUACAAAGGUGCUCAGGAUGUAAAGAGUUGGGGGCAAACAGCGUCGAUCCUGGGUAUUGCAGUAACAUCGGGUUCAUUCCUCUAUGCACUGCACUUGCUGUUCAAGACAGAAAGCGUCGAAAAGCGGCAGCGGAUUAUUAGGGACUACAGUCAUGGGACUGCCUUUCCACGUUUAGCUAUCACGCCCUUAGUCAAAUCCGACAUGAUUUCCUUCGCUGGGAUAUUACAGAGACUGCCAGCUAAUCUUCUUUCUCGAAGCCCUUUUGGCAAGUGGCCUGGGAGAGAUGCUGAGCAGCUGGGUAUCAUUUUAAUCCAGACCUCAGUGUUAGGAGACAUAAAACCAAUCGGGGAUCUGUUGGCCGAGGGCGCAAGCACUGCGACAAAGGACCGAAAUGGAGAGAGAGCCUUACAUAUCGCCUGUAAACAAAGGAAUGUCAAUAUUAUCAAAAGCCUCAUAGCUGGGGGCGCGGCGCUUGAGAUAGAAUCUAAGGAAGGGUGGACUGCACUUCAUUUCGCCGUGUCCGGGGGUCCGGUCGAGGUUUUAAAGUGCUUUCUUGACCUCGACAUUAACACCAGUCCACAAGCAAAGAAUGGUCAGACACCAUUGCAUCUUGCAAUUGAGGGCGGGAAUCUCGAAUUGUUGCGCGUGAUGCUAGAAAUGAAGCCGCAUCUAGAUCUGGGGGAUAAGACUGGAUUGGCCCCCCUUCACCUCGCGAGUGAGCUCCAGGAUCCAGAACCUGCUUUGUUGUUACUCGCAACGGGUGCGAAUCCCAAUUUGAAAGACAAAAGAGGGUAUUCACCACUGCAUAUAGCCAUCCUAUGUGGCAUGAAUGACUUGGUGGGGGGGAUGCUGGAUAUGGGUGUAGAUAUCGAGUCGCAAACCAGUGACGGAUGGACUCCGCUUAUGCUGGCUAGUGAUAAUGCUGGUGAAGACACAAUUUCCCUUUUACUGGAGAGAGGUGCGAAUCCCAAUUUGAAAGACAACAGAGGGUAUACACCACUGCAUCUAGCCACCCGUCGUGGCAAGAAUGACUCUGUGAAGAGGAUGCUGGAUAUUGGUGCAGAUAUCGAGUCGCAAACCAGCGACGGAUUGAGUCCUCUCCUGCUGGGUAGUUAUCUUGCUGGUGAAACGACAAUUACCCUCUUAGUGGAUAGAGGUGCGAAUCCCAAUUUGAAAGACAACAGAGGGUAUGCACCACUGCAUCUAGCCAUCCGUCGUGGCAUGAAUGAGUUGGUGAAGAGGAUGUUGGAUAUGGGUGCGAAUCCCAAUUUGAAAGACAAAAGAGGGUAUGCACCACUGCAUCUAGCCGCCCAUCAGGGCCAGAGGGGCAUGGUGAAGAACAUGAUGCGUAUGGGUGCAAACCCCGGUGCACAGUGUAUGCACGGAUGGACCCCUCUUCACUAUGCAAUGACAUGUGAGGAUGAAGAUCCCAAGCUGGUGAGCCUGCUACUAGCCAUAAAAGGGGACCCGAACUGCAGAGAACAACAUGGAUUGACACCACUGCAUGUAGCCUCUGUACUGUCCAGAUUAGUACAAGCGAGGGCUUUGAUUAGGGAACAACAUGCGGAAGUCAAUGCAUCAGACAACUACGGAUUAACUCCUCUUCAUUACUCUCGCAAGGGUAUACACGGUUCUACACCGUUCCAAAUCGUCUCGCGUGCUGGAAGGGAAUUCUUAGAAAGGAAGAUGCUGGUGAUAAACAUAGACCCAAAUUCGCCUGACGAGGACGCGUCGUUAGAGAUGGAAGGGGGUCUAAACUUUGAAGACCUCGACUUUAGAUGUAGACACAUCGAGUCGUGCGUGGAUGAGAUAGCAGAGUACGAACGAUACUACAGGGCCCGGCCUAGUGAAGAUGAGGGUGAUGAGGAUGAACUUAGUGAAGGUGGUUGGGAUGGACCCAGUGAAGAUGAAGAUUAUGCGGAUUAA